UUGAUUGUUAGUGAUUGGUGAUAAUAACACAAAUGAUUAAUAUAAAUCACAAUGUACAGCAAAAGUUAAUCAUUUAAAUUGUAAAAGUGAAACAAAUAAAGUUGCUUAUUAAUUAAUUAGUUACAAUGUCAUUUAAUUUAGUUUAUGUAUCAAUAAUAAUUGGAAUCAGUAUUUCAGUUGACCAGGUAAAAUCAGAUUAUGAUAUUUAUAAAUAUCCCAUGGAACUGGAGCCAGGAAAUUGGAUAAUCAAUGCGAUAAUAACGGAUGAGAAUAUCAAUCAAAGAUUUACAAUAAGAGAAUAUAUUUCAUCUGGUUCCAUAGUUCGAGGUAAAAUUUGACGGAAUCUAAAGGAAAUGGUCAAAAGAUUCACUAUUCAAGUGAAUAUCCAACUACACGUUACGUUAUUAAAGAUGAUAAUGCCAAUAAAUGCUGGAAAUUUAUCUUCACCAAUGAUUGGAAUUAUCGAUUGUCCGAUACUCCCUCUCCAUUCGUUAGUUACUUCUUAAUGGCUGGUCCUUCAAUCCUAUUUAGACUUAAAAAUCAACCGAUUCAAUGGAAUCAAACUUCUGAGGUUGAAGUCAAUGGUGUUGCUCAUCGUGUCUAUGAAUCUUAUUUAACACCUAAAAUUGGAAUCACACAUUAUUAUAAAGUUAGCAGAGAUGGUUCAGAGUUUUCAUUUCCAUCUCGAGUUUUUUUCAAAGGAAAUUCAAAUGUGAGAAUAGACAUUUAUUCAAUCAAGAAGGUAGAUCAAGAACUGGAUUCUUUUGUAACGUUAACAGAAAAAAAUUGUGAUGCCUUUCUAACCAAAGGGUUAGAUUAUCACGAAUCUCCGAUUCCUAAGGUUGGAACACAAUUCAAACACUACAUAGCAUUGGAAACGAUUUCAAGUGAUAAAAAUCAGCUGAUACAAAAAGAGGUUUUUGCUGAUGAAAAAUUUCAACUGGUCAAUAUUAAAACAACAAUUAAACUUAAUCCAAAUCAAAUCGAGAAAAGGCCCGAAAAGGUUUACGACUACACCUUAGGAUUGGUGUACGAAUUGGAUGGACAAAGAGAAUGCCAAAUGUACCCAAUGGACUCAUCAGCUCCUGGAUUAUUAAUGGACAAAACUAAUCCAAGUUUCUCAUUGAAUCAACAAUUUAAUUUAAAUGGUCAAUACUUUUACAUAGGCCCAGUUAGUUAUAUGAACUUGUUUAACACACAAUUGAAGGCUGAAGGUUGGCAAGAAAACAUUAAAAAGGGUAAAAUUGAUGACAUUAAUUAUGAUCUUGUCAUCGCAACACAAUAUGUGCUACCUCAGGCAGUGACAAACACUGAGAAAGAUAUGGUGAUAGUUGGAACCACUUUUGAUGGAUACGCGAAAACGGAUGGUAAUAGAUCGAUUCGCAAGAAAAUUGAUUAUCAAAUAAUCUCCACUGAAUUUGAUGAUUCUAAAGACAAAUUUCAUAUAGCUGAUUGUUACCCUGAUCCAGAAUCACGGAAAACAUUAGAACUACGGUUCUCCUGCAAAGAUCAAAACUGCGGACAUUUUACUCGAAAUCAUCAUAAACAAUUCACAAUUAAACUGAAAGAGUCCAUUUUCGGCAUGGAAACAAUUUCAAUCUCUCGAAUCUCAAAUAUUGAGCUAAUCUUUAAAUCGUAUGAAACAAUCGCUCAAAUCACAGUCUUAGAAUCUCCUGAUAUUAUGGAUUCUUUUGAACAUAAAGAAAUUCGGAUUGCAAAAAAAUCAAAGCCACGGACGAGUUAUUAUGGUGUUAAAAAUCAUCGAGAAUGUUUAAUCUCAAGUGCCAAUAUUGUUGAUCGUUUCGAAGCAAUAGCUUAUUGCGAAGGAGAAGAAAAUAUUUGUGGUCAUUUCGACAAAUUUACCGAUAUAAUAGAAGAUAAAUUCUCUGGAGCUCUUUGUAAAGUUACGCUUAUUCCUCUUCGAAAUAUUUAUCGAUAUAGUCGAGAACUGCCAUUAGUUGAUCUUCAAGAGAAACUAUUACAAAAUGGAAUAUCUUUUAAAUUAUCUGAUGGAUCGAUAACUUCGGAAUAUAAACUUUACCAAGUGAACGACGUUUCAAUCAAGGAGACGGAACUCGAACCUUUUUACCGAAAUGUUGUCUUAUCAUCUAAAUUAGUAGUUAAUUCCGACUCAGUUAAUAGAAUUGAAAAUGUUCCUGAUUUCGGUUCAUGUUAUCAACUUUGUGCUCAUGCAUCUGAUGUUGAUUGCAGAUCAUUUUCUUAUUGUAAAUAUCUCGAUGGAUCUGAAUGUUUAAUCGCAAGUUCACCAAUCAGUUCGGAAAACACAACCAAUGAUACUCAUUGUUCAACAAAUGAGAUUAAUUUGUUAAAGAGAUUCGACAAGAUUGAAACUCGAAAGUUCAUCAAAUCAACUUCGAUUCCCACAGAUAACGAUCCUAAGAAUUGUGCUGAACGUUGUUCAGACUCUAGUGAAUGUAAAUCGUUUCAGUAUUGUUCUGAUUCUGGAUCAUGUACAUUGGAAAGUUAUUAUACUGACUCAUCAACUGAUUUCUCUCCUAAUUGUGACAUUUACGUUCCAAAAGUAAUCGACAAAUUUAGAAUGACGGGUAAACAGAUAAUUUCGGACACAUUUCAUACCGAAUUGAGUGUAACUGUGGAUCAAUGUGCUGCUCUUUGUUAUGAUUGGAGUGAAGAAGAAAAUUCGAAAUCAUGUUUAUCAUUUAACUUUUGUUCUGCAAAUGGGAGAACCUCGAGCAUUUGUCUUCUUUCGAGAUACGAUUUCGACGAUGUUUCCAAGAACAGUGGUGAAGUAAAAUUAAUCCACGAAGAUGGUUGUCGUAACUACAAUCGAAUUAAAAAGAAAACAGAAUCAGGAACAAUCAAAAGUUCAAUUGUAUUGAGAAGCUCUUUUAAUUUGUCAGGAUCACUUUUCAUUGUAUUUUUGUUCAUAAUCUCUGGUCUUAUAAUUGGAUUUAUCGUAAAUACAAUUUACACCAAAGUCAUGAAACAAAAAUCGGCUGAUAAAUCGAUCUCAUCCACAUUUAAUCGAAACACAUUCAGUUGGACUCGACAAUUAAACGACGAAAGACAAUCAACUUUUCGACAAUCCACAAUUACAGUUCAAGAAAAUGAUGAAUCUGAAUCAAUUCAGCUUGAGGGUAAUGAUGAAAACUCUUGAAAUGUUGUAAUGACCACGAAAACUUUUAUUGAAAAUAAAGAAAACUAGAGUAAGCUCAUCUGCGUAUUUGUAUUCGCAGUACCAGAUUGAGUAAUGUUCUUUGUCAAACUUUUCCCAGAAAUAAGAGAUCGACUUGUCUUCUGGGUUGUUUGAGUAAAAUCGCUUGAAAUCAUCCAUGUCAAAACCUGUCCAUCAACCAAAAAGU